AUGGCCUCUUCCAAGUUGGCGUACUGCUUCGACUGGUGAGUAGCCGAGUCAUCACUUCUCCUCAGUGACGCAUACAUCCAAGGCAUCGUUCUGAUGCGGCACGCUACGUCUCGUUAGUUCCAACCUGUUGUAUCCCAAGGUAAGCCAGUUUCCUUCACACGUGUGCUUGCGCGCCAAGUGACACUGAGCUUGGCGCGUUAUUUGAACAUGACAGGUGGAUCGUACGAAUCACGUUCUGCUCUAUGCUUGCAGAAACUGCUCUUACUGGGUCGAAGCUGAAGAGACCAAGACUUGGAGCAAUGAUCUGAUGAGCGUGCAAAAAGAACAACAGGGAGUGGUGGAUGGUCUGCCUCAGGAUCCCACGUUGCCUAGAACCCACGAGCAUCCUUGCCCUCGAUGCGGUCACAGCGAGUGAGUUGAGACGGUGGAGGUGUUUCGCUAGAUCUUGCGGGGGCGGUGUCGCCAUGCAAAUAGGGCCAAAUGGCUCUAUGGGGAUUGGGUGUGCAGACAGCAGCGGCAUCUUCCGUUGCUCGGGCCAUCCUUGCUCGGGCAACGAUUCUAGGCUAGAUCGAGGAUCCCCCAACUUUCGCAAAGCUGAACAGUGGAAACUGCUUCACCUCUGCCAGAGCUGUGUUCUUUCAAGAUCAGGGCAAGCGUAUCCACAAUCGUAUGAUCCUCUUGUGAGCCAACGCUGUGCAUCCCUUGGAGCAUGCUUCAGACGCUUUGCUCACGAUAGCCUCGCACAUGUACGCAUGUUGCUCAGCUACGUGUGUGCAGAUUGCAACCACACCUUUCACGCUUGA